CUGCCGAGGGGCAUUGAUUUUGGAGGGCUCUCGUUCACCAAAGACGAGGUAUCAUGACUACGCCUUCUGCACCAAGGGUUGGCUUGAGCAUUCGCAACUCGCCUCGCCAGCUACUUAAAACCGUCAAUUUCAAAACCAGAACGACAACGGCGGCGACGACAGCAGCAGCAGCAACAACAACAACAACGGCAACAACAACAACAACAACAACAACAACAACAACAACAGAAAACCCGACGACAACAGCAAAAACAAAAACAACCACAACGACUGCGAAGCCGACGGCUGCUGCUCAGCAAUCAGGUCCCAAGCCUCGAGGAGGACGCUCUCAACUCAAAAUCCCCGAGCCCAUUCCUGAAGAUAUAUAUGCGCCUCCUCUUGCAUCAAGCGAUGUGGAGGGUGACGACGACGACGACGACGACGACGACGACAACUACGACGAUGGCGACGGCGAAACCGCUGAAAAGACACAAGCGGGCGUAGAACCCAGCCAGCAAGCGCAUGUAUAUCCAGAUAGCUCGGAUGAAGAAGCCCCUCCUCGGGGAGCAAUUUCAGCAACCAAGUUCACGUCGUCGAGCCAAAACGGCAGGUGGCAAAGCCUUCGAACAACAGCAACAUCUCAGCUUCCAGGAGAAUCUGAUGAAGUGGAACCCGGCACCAAGAAGAGGAAACGACUCCCUGGCACCUCCAACGAAAAAGGAAGCCCAAAGAAAAAUGCUAGCCAUCUCACCAAUAGCCAGGGAUUCGUAAAGAAACAAAAAGUGAAAGCUUCUUAUGGGGGGAGGAGAAGCAUCAAUUCUCAGGAAAGCCGAAAGCCCAAAGUCUCAGAAGAACCUUCACUGCCCAAACUUCGCGUCCCAAUCUCAGAAGAACCCACGUUGCCCAAACUUCGACCUCCCGAGUACAGUGCUAUCAAGUCGAUUCGAAAGAGCUCCCAAUUUAUCGUACCAGACUCUGACGAUUUUUCGUCCCCCAUCAAACGACGUCAACCCCGUCAGCGAUUUCUGCAGGUUCAUUAUGGCAACAACAGCGACAUUGAUGAAGACAACAACAAUGAUGGCAGUGAUGACAACACCGGUGACAAGAAUGGGGACAACAACGGAAAUAACAACGGCGAUGCUGCUGUUCUCAGUCAACCGAAAUUUACCACCGACGAUAUCAAGCUUGGAAAAGACAAGCCAAAGGAAAAGCGAAGAAAAAAUCCACUGCAACGUUUGGGGAAGAAAAACCCUGCAAAGUCACCCUCACCACCACCGGCGAGGUUCAUAAUGCCGGCACUGCUCUCGGAAUUCAAAAUCCGUAGCAGACUAAGCGGCGGCGGCGGCGACAAUGACAUGGACAACGGCGAUCUAUCUGACGUGGGCAGCAGUAGUAGCGAUCUCAGCUCCCUCGGAGAUAUCUUCCCGGACAAGGAAGCACCAAAAGACGGCCAGGCGCUAUGUCCCUGGUGCGGCGCCUCAGUCAACAUGCAGCAGCUCAAGGAGUUUUCAGAGGGCAGGCAGCGACUAAGCGUCAAGAUGCAGACCAAAUUCUGCGAGUCGCACCGCAAAACAUCAGCACAGGAGACGUACGAACUGAAAUCAUACCCCGAGGUCCAGUGGGAGAGCCUGACGGAGCGCUUCGAGAGCCACCGCGCCCGCCUCCUGGGCAUCGUCAACGGCGAGGAGGCAUCACACUAUCGCACCGCCCUGGCAGACAAGAUCGCGCUGGGCAAAGGCCGGUCCAUGAAACAGGAAGAGAACCUCAACCCGGGCUACUACGGCCCGCGAGGCUUCAACAUGAUGUGCGACUACCUCGUCGCAGAGUUCAGCGACCUGCUCAAGAAGAAGGCCAUCCACGAUAAGGUCAUUGCGGGAAGGGGCCCGCCGGCUUUUAUCCAGUCGGUGCUGGUGCCUGAGCUGGGCGUGCAGCUGAUCAUGGAGGACAUGCAGGUCUCACCGGAAGAAGCUAGGGGCAUAUUGGAAGAGAGCAAAGCCCUGGGCGAGCUGGUGCAUGGAGAGAUUUGAUUGCCGCCCUCCUCUCUCAAGUGAGUAUGGGCGAGCUGAGCUUUUAGUGUGUGGCUGCUGUGUUUGUUAAUGGACGAGAAAAAAAAAGAAAACAAAAAGGAACAAAAAAAAGGACCCCCCCUGUCAGUCGUGGCUAAAAAAGGGCAAAUGAUUGUACGAAUUCCGUUGUAAUGGCCCUUUUAUUUGUUGCCAGCCUCGUUGUUUUUUUCUUAGACUAAUGGCGAGUUACAUGUAUAUAUUCUGCCCCCAACUUAGGAUACCUACCUAGCUUUUCUUUUUUCUGUCAAUUACCCAAUUAGCGCAAUCUUACAAGGAAAUGAGAUGGUGUUUAGUGACGUGAAGAGAUUUUGUUCAAAAAGAGAAGAGGAAAACGGCUGCUAGGCAGAAUCCAAUUAAUUGUAUAACUUGAGACGAAGAAGAGCACUAUACGUUAAUACAUGAAAUCUUCCAUAAUAUCUGUGUUCCUUGUCCAACAAU